GGUAAACCUUGAACUUAUACGACUUUAAAAAGAAAUGUCCUUCUUUUGAACAUAUCCUGACGUCAAAGGAAGAACUUCCGCACAAAGUUGAAAAUUAAAUAUGCAGCGAAACCGGUAAGGAUUGCAUACAGAGAUGCAACGCCUCUCAGAAUUCUACAGCGGCACUUCGAAUUGAAGACUCGUUACCGAACCUACCUCUUUUUUUAUAGAAAAAUGAUGUUUUCUAUACCUGUGUUCAUCAUCAUUUGCAUGUUUGGCAAUGGGAUUUUCGUAAAUUCCGAUUCCUUUUCAAAGCCUUACUAUACAGCAGCUGUAUUUGAGCACAACAGGUUUGGGUCAAUGAAUGAUACAGCCGACGAUAUCAUUCAAACUAAUCUGGAGUUCUACAAGAAGGCAGCAGAAGUUGCGAAAUCCAAAGAAGUUGACAUCAUUGUAUUUCCGGAAUAUGGAAUCGUUUAUCCAACAGGCAACAGAAUGAAACUGAAGGAAUUUUUGGAAAACAUUCCAGAUCCCAGUAAAGUAUCUUCUAACCCUUGUGAUGAAACCGGAACGUUCACGGAAGUUUCUAUUCUUCAGACGUUGAGUUGCAUUGCAAAGGAUAACUCACUUUAUGUAGUAGCCAACAUGGGAGACAUUCAAAACUGUAAAGGGGACCCACAAUGUCCAGAGGAUGGUACUUAUCACUAUAACACCAAUGUUGUUUUUGACAAAAAUGGCAAAUUGAUUCUAAAGUAUUAUAAAGAGCAUUUAUGCUACGAGUUUGAUAUGGACUUGCCACAAAUGCAGCAAGUGCCUAUCUUUAAAACAGAUUUCGGCACAUUUGCAACAUACACUAGUUUUGAUAUUCAUUUUGGAAGAAUGAGCGAAGUUGCCCAGCGACCAGAUAUCGAUGGAAUUGUACUUCCAUCUAUGUGGGUCGAUGUUGCACCUCAAUUUAAUUCUAUACAGAUAUACCAGUCCUGGGCUCUGGGUAAUAACUGCACUCUCAUAGCUCCAAAUGUUCAAAUUCCGGGAUAUUUUGCCGUUGGAAGCGGGAUCUUCCAUCAUCAGAGAGGUGCACUAGCUUACUCCUACAACCCUGAUGGAUUAUCUAAGUUAGUAAUUGCUCGAGUGCCAAAAAAGGGAUUUAAUGUUCCAGCAAAUCCAAUGACAAUCGCAAUCACAAAUCAUCAUUCAUGGGAUUGGAAUAAAAAUGGCCAUCACGUGAAAAUGGAAUGUUCCAGAAAGCUUCUAAACGACACAGAAGAUAUUCACAACGAGUAUCGUUGCGUUGAAGAAGACACUAGCAAUUACACUUUUGUAAAAUUAAUUGAUAAAAGCGCUCAUUUGGAAGUUUGCAACAAUGGAAUGUGCUGCUCUUUAGAUUAUACUACCCAAAAACUUUUAGAAAAUUUUUAUUUGGGUGUCUUUAAUGGAACAGCAGUUAUGUUCGAAAGAUAUCCUUGGUCUGAAGAAAAUUGCUUACUUGUAAGGUGUGAAGCUGUAGGUGAGAAUGCUUGUGCUACUUUUCCUAGAAUUUCCAAAACCAUUUUCCAUCAUGUUCAGUUAAAGGCCAAUUUUACUUCUCAAUACGUAUAUCCAUCUUUAUUAGAAAGCAGAAUGGCGUUAUCCCCUAAGGAAGAAUGGAAUUAUGAGUUAGAAAAUGAAGGUGAAGUAUAUCAAGCUAAAUUGAAUUUUAAAAGUCAAAGAGGAAGAAAAUUGACAGUUGUUGGAUUGAAGGGCCGUUGUUACGAUCGUGAUCCUCCAUACAAAAGAUAAUCACCAAGAAAAGAAUCUUUAUGUCCUCGUCUAAACUUUGUUUUCUAUCUAACUGGAUUCAUAAUGCUUGUUCGCCAGUUAAAACAUUGAAAUACCGAAGCUGUUAAUUUACGCUUAUAACAAUUGAAAUAAAACCCUUAUUUAUAAAAUAAAUGAGAAAAUGUUUCUAUACACACAA